GCACGACACCUGACCAUUCCCAUCGCGAGUCCUUCCGUUGCCGCGCGGCCCCCUCCACAUCAACCACACCGCACAUAAACGUCUCCAGCAGCAUGCCGCCGAAGCGACCAGAUGCGCACGAGGCGUCUGGAAUCAGCGACACAGACAUCAUUCCCAUCCUGGACGAACGAUUCAGCUACGACGACGCCACUUCAACUGGAGGAAGCAAAGUGAUGAAAAUAGCCCUGGCGUCGAUCGGUGUUUUGCUCAUCGCAGGGGGUAUUGCCACAGCCGUUGUGCUCUCGACAUCAGGCAAGACCGCUGCAGGCACGUCGUCGUCGUCUGGAACCCGAACACCAACCUCCAACAACGGUGCGUCCUCUGGCAAGACGAGUAACUCGACGUCGGCCGAUACCGUUCCCACCACCGCCAGCACCUCGGCGCUCGUCGACCCCGAGACUGACGUGGCCGCGCUGACGAUGUUGGCAAUCGGGGAUUGGGGUAGCACCACAGGACGCGGCAACGACGGUACCUCGCCUGGCUCGUGCUGUAAGCUGUACAGCAAAGGGGCGAAUGCAGGAAAGGUCGACACGUCCAUGCCGCGGUACCUUGUCGACUACCAUGCGCAGAAGUGGGUUGCCGAGCUCAUGGGCAUGUCUGCCGCGAUGCUCAAGCCAACGCCGAGCCGGGUGUUGAGCCACGGCGAUAACAUCUACUGGAACGGCGUCGGGUCCGGCGACGUCAAGUACCGGAUGGAAGAAACGUUUGAAAAGAUUUACACGGCGCCGGCGCUCCAGCCCGUCAAGUGGGUCAGCGUCGCCGGCAACCACGACAUUGGUGGGUCCGCCUACCUUUGCGGAGACGACAACGACCACUUUCGAGAGUGCACGUCUGUCGACGAAAUGCUCGAGAGUUUGGAGCGCAAGUUUUCGCUGCAGGCGAAAUACACGAGCUACAACGGCGACCGAUGGCUCAUGAAAGACCACUACUUUCUCGAACGCGUCACGCAAAACAGCGUCACGGUCGACAUUUUGAACCUUGACACGAACGACGCGGCGGUGCAUGGCGCGUCCCAAGUAUGCUGCCAAUGCUAUGGGUACCGGUGGAAAUACACGCAAGCCCCCGACGACACAACGGACCCGUGCAAGAACACAGUUCGCGGCGACCGCACGUGCGCUGGCGGCGACACCGACAUGUAUGACAAAUGCAUUGCCCGCAUCGACGCAUGGGCCAAGGCAUCGUACGACGGCGCGCUCAAGGACCUGAAAGCGUCGACUGCCGAUUUCAAGAUUAUCAACACGCAUUUCUCGCCGCACUAUCACAUGGACCCGCCGCACAUGCAAAAAUGGUACGAUGUGACCAAGACGUAUGGCGUCCAUGCGUGGUUUAACGGCCACACGCACGGAUUCAACCAUGACGUGGCCAAGUGGAAUACGCAUUUCUUCCAGAACGGCGCGGGCGGCGGCAUCUUUAGCGAGUCGGCAGCGCCGGUCACCAACAACGAUCAAGUGUCAUCGACAUGGGUCGCCAAGGGCCAGCCGUACGGGUUUAUGGAGCUCAGUUUCACCAAGAACUGGUUGAAGGUGCAAUUCGUGAGCUUCGACAAGUCGUGGGACUUUAAAGGGUUCAACUUUGCCGACACGACGAAAGGCGGCAUCGCCCGAGGCCACUGCUGGUUCGUCCCCAAGAACCUCAACUCGCCCGGCGUCGAGUGCAAAUCGUCCGUCAACGGCGUUGUCGGCAUGCCCACGUAGAAUCGAUCACGUCCACCAUGAACUUAAUAUAUGGGACAGCCCAACCUGCCACGAAACACACCUCGCCCACCGCUACUCGAGACGCAUCGCGCCCUCGACGAGGCGCUGCACGUGUCGAGAUGUUGACUUGGUUGCUGGCGUGGUGUCACACUCUAUGAUGCCGUGCCACCACAGCAGUGCGCCGCGUUACGCACGCUAUAUCAAAGGGGAUUUGA